GCGGCAGUCGACACGCGCCCGCCCCGCGCCGCCCCCGCGCGCGCCUCCGUACACGAGCCACCCUGUUGCGCCUCGCGUUGCACUACAAUGUUUAUGUUUGCUCACUUAAUUACUCACACUUUACAGUACCCCGGCAAGGCGCUCUCAGUCACGUACUGAAACUUCAAGAUAACCGUGAAUAAUGAGUCUCGGACGGCAGACUGUUGCUUAGUAUUUUGGCGGGAUUUCGCAUUCGCUGUCGUAACAAGUUGACGAGCCACUUGACAUACAAAGUUUGUUUUAGUGCAAGUUGGAAUAUGAGUAGUUAGCCAGUGUCCUCGCUAGGCGUGCAUGGCGCUGCUGUACCGCGCCGCGCGGCUCAAGGACCGCGCCGACACGCACGUGUUCACGUUCGUGGUGACGCGCUCGGCCACGCGCGAGCCCGACCGCGAUGUCACCAGCAAGGACUUCUGCUGCGCGCACCAGCGCUGGGCCGUCGCCUUCAGCCGCACCGACGCCGCACUCGGGGUGUACCUGGUGUGGCGAGGCGCUUGCGAGGGCAUGCGCGUCUACGUUGACUUCACCUUCACCCUCCUGAGCCGCGACCACUUCACGGCCAACGAGGGCUUCUCCGGCAAGCAGGUGCGGUUCAGCGCGGGCUGCGCGGCGCAGGGCCGCGGCCGCCUGGUGCCGCUGGCCGAGCUCGCCUCGCGCUUCGCGGACGCGCGCGGCGAGUUCCAGCUGGAGCUGAGCAUGGCGCGCGUGCGCACGCUGUACUCCUGCGAGCUGCGCGCGCCGCGCCUGGACACGCCGCCCAUCGCCUUCGCCGGCUUCGACUGGUCCGUGGCCGUGUCGAGCGGCGGCGGCGGCCUCACGCUGCGCCUCGUGCGGCUGUCGGGCGAGGGGCAGAGCUGCCGCGUGCGCUACGCGCUGGCGCUGGGCGAGGGCGAGCGGCGCGUGCACUCGGGCCCUCUGGAGGCGCUGUGCGACGCGGACGGCGGCACGCCGGCCUGGGCGCCGCGCCCGCCCGCGCGCCUGGCGCAGCAGCUGCACAAGGGCGGCGUGCGGCUCACGCUGGAGCUGGUGUGGGCGCGCGCGCUGGUGGAGCUGGGCGUGGCGGCGGGCGGGCGGCCGGCCACGUGCUACGACCGCGACAAGCAGGCGUGGGCGCUGCGCUGCGACACGCACUCGGACACGGUGCGGCUGCACAUGCUGUACCGCGACGUGCAGCACGUGCCGCGCAACCACCUGCGCUACGUGUCGUGGCGCGCGUGGCUCGUGCGCGCGGCGCCGGGCGCGGGCGAGGCGGACGCGGAGCCGCUACCCGGCGCGCCCUUCGCGCACUACUACGCGCAGGAGAGCGCGGACGAGGGGCUCAUGAUGGAGACGGCGCUGCGCGUGGACGAGCUCACGCGCCCCGCCGGCGCCUUCCUGCACGCGGGCGGCGACCUGCGCGUGCGCCUCGAGUGGGGCGACACCUACCUGCUCUUCCAGGCCACUUACCACGUCUACGACGACCUUUGCCGCAUGCACGCACAUCAGAUGAGGCGGGAGAUCGCCGCGCUGCAGGCGGAGAACUACGCGCUGGAGCGGCAGCUGUUCAGCUACCAGAAGAGCCUGGCGUACGCGCAGGCGCAGGCGGGCGAGGCGGCGCCGGCGGCGGGCCCCGCGCCCCGCGAGCCCCCGCAGUCGCCCGAGCGCUCGCUGUCCACCGACACGGAGUACGCGUGAGGCGCGGGCGGCGGCGUCGGCGCUCGCCGCGAGCCCUUCACUCUUCUACCUUCUCGACUGAUUCUCACGUUUUGGAGCGAUUUAUCUAUUUUUCUAAACGUUUUAAGGCGAGGUGCAACCUCGUCCGCACCGCUUCCCGCCGGCCGCCUGCACUCUCGCCGCUCGGAUCUAUCGAUAGCCAAUUAUUAUUAUUAUACUCGACUAAAUACUUUUCUAUUUGUCUGUACAUAAAAUAUAUUUAGAUAUUAUAAUAUAUAUAUUUCUUGACUCGAAACUCGAAUUCGUAUACUGCAACAGUCGAUUUGUGAAUAAAAUUCUAUUAAUAAAACUGACUAUGCUGCUUAAAUUUAUUUAUUUCCUUAUUAUUUGUUGUGUAAGAUACCCGACAGCAAGGAAAAUAGUACUUUCUACCCCUACAGUUACCUACCUAUUACUCUCAAUAACUGAAUUAACAGCCGGUUUUUGGAUAUACCUAAAAGGCAAUUUAAUGCUGGAUCUGAUCUUAUCCAUA